GCGGGCGCCGCGGGGCCGCCGCCGCUCGUGGCGGGCGUUGGAAUUCCGUGCGCGCCCCGUAGCUCCACACUCGGGGUCCUGCCUGCCGCGUGUGGGAUCGCGGCUGGGGCCUCUGCUGAGCGCCGGCACGGUGCGGCGGGACCCGCUUUGCCUUCAGGCCGAGCGCGCCCCGACGAGCCGUGGGUUAGCGGGUGCUCUCUUGGAGGCUGGCCGCGUGUGCGCCUGCGGGGGUGGCCGGCCCUGAGGCUGCGACGUUCAGCUCCUGGAAUAGCACGGAUGUCGGGGUUCCAGCUGUCCUUUGCGGAAGUGGGAAACCCCGGUCGUGCAGGAGGGCUCCCUGAAAAAGAAGAAAUAAGGAGAAACCCCCCCGUCAUCGGGGGUGUGAUAGCUUACAUCAGCUCUUCGAGUUCAGCAUCUAGCCCAGCCUCAUGUCACAGCGAGAGCUCAGACAGCGGUUUCCAGUCAUCCUCCUCGCCUGUACCAUCUUCUCCGAACAGCUCCUCCUCGGAAAGCAGCUGCAAUGGUCGGAGCAGCGAGGGCUCUGAUGGGGCACCAAAGAGUGACCGGCUAGAGGAGACUGUUAAACCGAGCCAGUCGGGUGUUGCUGGCUUGACAAAAGGCCAUAACGGAGUCACAAAAUUCAAUGGAAUGGUUCUUCUUUGCAAGGUCUGUGGAGAUGUUGCUUCGGGAUUUCAUUAUGGUGUUCAUGCCUGUGAGGGCUGCAAGGGUUUUUUCAGAAGAAGCAUUCAGCAAAACAUCCAGUAUAAGAAGUGCUUGAAGAAUAACAACUGCUCUAUAAUGAGAAUGAAUAGAAACAGAUGCCAGCAGUGUCGUUUCAAAAAGUGUCUGUCUGUUGGAAUGUCAAGAGAUGCUGUUCGAUUUGGCCGCAUUCCUAAACGUGAAAAGCAGAGAAUGCUGAUUGAAAUGCAGAGUGCCAUGAAAACCAUGAUGAACAGUCAGUUCAGCGGUCACUUACCCAAUGAAGCGUUAGCUGAGCAUCAAGAUCAAGCGCCUCAAGAAGACCUUUCCUCUAAACCCAAACAAGAGCGGGAAACCCUCAAAAGCCCUUCUCCUCCUCCUAGCUCUGACAUGGCUAAGGAAGAGGUGAUUGGUAUGGUCACUAGGGCCCACAAAGAUACUUUCAUGUACAACCAAGAACAGUCUCAAAACCCAGCAGAGAUGAUGCAGUCCCAGAGUGGGGAGAGGGUGUCAAAAAACACUGAACAGUACAUGUUGAGCGGUGAGCACUGUGUUAGUGGGCUCAGUGGCCCUCAGUACCCUGAAAGUGAGCAGCACCUGGCCGGACAGUACAAAGGGAGAAGCACAAUGCAUUAUCCAAGUGGGCAUGCCAUAUGUUUCACAAAUGGCCACUGCAUGAACUUCACCAAUGGUUACACUCAGCGACUGUGCGAUAGAAUCCCAGAAGAUGUCUUUUCUCCAAACAGAAACACCACUUAUUCUUGCGGCACUGGAGGAAGAAUGCAUCUGGUCUGCCCAAUGAGUAAGACUCCCCAUGUGGACCCAAACAUGUCUGGCCAUGAAGUCUGGGAAGAGUUUUCCCUGAGUUUUACUCCUGCAGUGAAAGAAGUGGUGGAGUUUGCCAAGCGCAUCCCGGGGUUCCGAGAUCUCUCACAACAUGACCAGGUUAACCUUCUGAAGGCUGGGACCUUUGAGGUUUUAAUGGUACGGUUUGCAUCUUUGUUUGAUGCAAGGGAACGUACUGUCACCUUCCUUAGUGGAAAAAAAUACAGUGUGGAUGACUUGCAUUCAAUGGGAGCCGGUGAUCUGCUCAAUUCCAUGUUUGAAUUUAGUGAGAAACUAAAUGCCCUGCAACUUAGUGAUGAGGAGAUGAGUUUAUUUACAGCGGUUGUCCUGGUAUCUGCUGAUCGCUCUGGAAUAGAAAAUGUCAAUUCUGUGGAGGCACUUCAGGAGACGCUAAUCCGUGCAUUAAGGACCUUAAUCAUGAAAAAUCACCCAAACGAAGCCUCUAUUUUCACAAAACUUCUUUUGAAGUUACCUGACUUGCGUUCCUUAAACAACAUGCACUCUGAAGAACUCUUGGCCUUCAAAGUUCACCCAUAGGCCUUUAGGUUUCAUUUGUACUUGGACUUGCCUCGUGUUAAACUGUUUCGUGCUAAAAUAUGUAUUUAUACAGUUGUACCACUUGCUGGAGAGAGAGUUCACAGACUGUGAGCAAUUGAUAGCCGUUCCAUAACCAUGCAAUAAUGCUUCAGCAGGUGCUUUCAGCUAACAUUGGUGCAGCAUUCAGAGUCCUCCAAAACAUCCAGCCCCAGCUGUGCUGCACUUUUGUAGAAGAGGUUGCAAUGAGCCUGAGUAAAUAUGGACUGUUCUUUCACUUAGAAAAAGAACCACCACUGCCCUCUCAUGUAAACUGAAUGCAGAAUAGCUACGUGUACAUAUGGAAUGUGGAAUGGGAGGAACAAUCCUGUGUUAAUAGGAGAAUCAAAGAGCUGAUUUAAUUGGUUUUUCCCUUAUCUAAUAUAUGUACGUCUGUGUCUCUUGAUAAUUCACUCAUGGUUUCACCGUUGUUAUUCCAUUAAACCUGAUGGAAUGAUUUCAGCCCGCACCAACUCUUCACUGAGCGUGUUCAUGCCAUGUGUAUAUAAUAUAAAUAGCUAAGUAAUGGGUGUUUAUGGCUAUAAAGUACAGAGUUGUGUGUAUAUAUGUGUAUGUAUAUAAAUAGUUCUAUACAUAAAGUAUACAUAUAAUUUCUUCACAAUAUUUUAAACUGUGAAGGAAUUUAAACUUACAAAAGAAGGUGAUCUAUGGAAAGAACCAAAUAGAUGCACUUUGCAUUUUGCUGAACUAAUAAUCUGAACAUUUCUACUUUUUAGAAAACAUCAAAUUUGCAUUAAUAAGCUGUGUUUGUUAAUUUGAAAAAAUACAUACAUAGAGUGGCACCAAAGGGGCAGAGUCAGGUUCAAUUUCUGGAAUGGCUUCUAGAGAACCUUCAGUGGAGAUGGCGUUCAUGGCAUUACUGAGGUUGGUUGUCCAUGGCCACUGAGGUUUGAACACUGUUAAUGUUUAAAGAAGCACCAGGUGCUCUUCAAAAAACUUCAGCACAGCCAGCAAGAAACUAUCAGAUGAAUAAUAGCAUUUGAGGGAAAAAAAAAUAAUGUUCUAAUGCUUAUCCAUAAUUGCAUUUGGGGUGUGUGUGUGUUCUGUGACCAUUUAUUUCUUACCAUGUUUCAUUUUGCUGCUUCAUCCCUAAAUAAGAAUUGAAUAUAGGAAUGGGAGAUUCCCUGUGUCUCUUCACAGUCCAGGCUUUGUGGUUCCCAUGCCUGUUCUUCUGGAGCUCUCCACUCCUGUGUGUACGUAUGUGUGUAUGUGCAAGGAAGGUGCACUGGAUGGUCUGCAUAUUUUCCUUUAAAACAACAACAACAACAAAAACCACACAAAAACAAAACCAAAAAAAAAAAACAAACCCACAAACAAGACUUUUUGUUCAUGCCAGUAGCAAAUUGCAGAGCAGAUCCUUGAGAUUCUGCUGGGUUUUUUCCAUCGAGAAAAGCAGUUGUCCAUGAGCUUUUGCCAUUUGUAGCAGGACCUGAUGCCAGAAAAGAGAUUAAAAAAAUCCAAGCACUUGUGUUAAUUAGUUGUUUGUUUUGUUAACAUGGGAAGAAGAUGCUCUGUUACGCUAGUGUUUAAUUAGCUUACCUGAGAGAUAAACCCUCUUGGGGCUAAACUAAACCAUACUAAAUGUCUGGUGAUGUUUAGAUGUGUGCAGUAGCUCAGGCCAUAAGCCAGGAAGCCCUCUGACUGCAGGAGUCCUGCUGGCCAUGCAGGAGCGGCUCUCGAGCAGCAGUGAGCGACGGGAACCCUUGGUCCUGCAGCAGGGCUGGAGGAGCUGCAGACCUCCUCCAUCGCCCCGGAAGCAUCAGGAGCAGCUCAGCCCUCCACUCUGUUGGUCGUCCGUGGGAUUUUCGCUCAGAAGUCGGUAAGCUUUCUUCCCAGAGGGUGGGGAGCAGAUGGGGACAGGUGCUGAGUGGGAAGGACUGAGGGCAGCCAGCUUCGGCCUUGGCUAAAUCAGAGGAGCACGCCCUCUCCUCUCCUCAGCUGCUGCAGGGAGUGUUGCCCUGCUUCAUGCUGCCUGAACCACUGGAUAACAGCUUCCUAAUACCUGUAGAUUGCUAUCCAAAUACACUAUCGGGGCAUAUUGUCCUAAUUUCUGUUAACAGUCUGCAUCCUACCAGUAUUACUUGUAUGAGAGCUUCACUGAGUUACACAUUGAAACAUUCAGACUUUAGAAAGGACACAGUCAUGUCUUGCAUCAUCUAGGAGCUGAAAUGACUUUGUAGGCCCAUGUGAAAUGCAGAAAGUAAAGCUAACCCUUGGUUAUUUGGGGAGGGAAGGAGGAUUCUCACAGAGGUUGCCACCCUACAACUGUGUUCUGUUUAGUUUUGUUUUCUUUUCUUAAAACUGUAUUAUUAAGCCUUUAGGAAUGUAUAACCAGGACUGAGUAAUUACUGCUUAUUAAAUUUUUAGUUAGAAUGGCCAUGUAUGCCUAUAGGUAGAUAAUUGAACUUGUACAACUUCAUUUGAAAUAAAUCUUCCUGUACAUAAUGGAAAAACUCAUAACAGAGAGAAGCCCCAAACAGAUUGAAUGCAAAAGCUCAUUGAAGUACUGUCCAAAAGUGACCUGCGUACUGCAAACCCUAGCUGGACUCUUAGAAGCAAAUCGGCACUCCUUGUAUUAGCCGUGUAUCGUGAGCUCUUCUUUUCCUGUGUCACUGGUUAUACACUUGUUAAACGCUGAGAUAAUAGACUUCAUGGCAGGCAUUUGAGUACUGUAGAUUGGGUCAUUGCUGAAAGAUUAAUGUACUGUAUGACUUAAAUUUUUAUUCUUGAUUUUAUUCUUGAUUUUGUUCUUGUUUUAAAAGAUUAAAUAUGGGCAUUAUGUCA